UGGAAGAGGCGCGGGUCACGUGGGGGCGGUGCAGCCGUGCCAGCGCGCCGGAAGCGGAUCCUACCGUGGCCGUGGCGACGGGACGCGGCGGGGCCGGGUCGGGCCGCGCCCCGCCAUGGAGGGGGUCCCCGCGCCCGACGACCCCGACCGGCAGGCGCAGGAGUAUGUCACCCGACUGCGGGGCCCGGGGACCCCCGCCGGCCGCCCCCCGCCGCUCCCCGCCGCCCCGACCCCGGCACCCAGCCCCCCCGCGCCCCCCCCGCGCCCCCCUCCGGGGCUGAAGCGGCCGCCCCCGGGCGGGGAGGGCGCGGGGGGGCUGCUGGCGCUGCCGCUGGAGCUGCUGCUGGAGAUCUGCGGGUACCUGGGGGCGCGGGAGGUGCGGGGGGUCCUACCCCGCGUCUGCCGGGUGCUGCGGGAGGUGGCCCGGGACGCCGUGGCCUGGCGGCUCCGUCUGCAGCGCAGUGCCCGUGGACCCUUCCCUGUCCUGGAAGAGGAGGGGUUUGACUGGUCAGCUGCCUGCGUGGACCUGGAGGAGCACCUGCAGCGUUGGGGGGGUGGCGGGGUCGCCAUGGAGCACUUCUCCUUGGACGAGGGACACUUUGCCUCCGUCGAUUCUGUCCUCUUGCUGCAGGGAGGGACCCUCUGUGUUUCAGGUGCCCGCGACCGCAAUGUCAACCUGUGGGACCUGCGGCAGCUGGGCCAGGCCCCCAGCAAGGUGCUGGUAAAGGCGCUGGGCACCGAGCGCAAUGGGACGCACAAGGGCUGGGUCUGGUGUUUGGCUUCCCAAGACAACAAGGUGUGCUCAGGCUCCUGGGACAGCACAGUGAAGCUGUGGGACCUGGAGGCUGAGGGGCAGCAGUUCGGGGAGAUCAGGGAGAAGGCGGCUGUGCUGUGCCUCUCCUACCGCCCCGAUGUCCUUGUCACCGGGACUUAUGACAAGACGGUGACAGUCUACGAUCCGCGAGCCGGCCAGGCCCUGGUGCGCAGCUACAAGCCCCAUGCCAGUGCCGUCCUGUCCCUGGUGGCCGACGAUCGGCUCAUUGUGUCGGGCAGCGAGGACCGGACCCUUGUCGUCUUUGACCGCCGUGCUGAUGGGGUCCUCCAGCGGCUGCAGCUGGAAAACUACCUGCUCUCCAUGUCAUACCGGGGGACGCAGCUCUGGGCUGGGGACAACCAGGGCCGGGUGUAUGUCUUCGGGAACAAUGCUGGCAGCUUCCAGCCUGCCCGGUACUUUGACGUGGGGCACCGGCUGCAGAUCACAGGGCUCUGGUACUCGCUGGGGUCCCUCUACACCACAUCCACUGACAGGACACUGCGGAUACAUGUCCCUACGGACCCUCCCCGCACCAUCUGCUCUUGGACGCAUGAUGAUGUGCUCAACGGGAUUAGUGUGGAGGGCAAUGUGGUGGCAGCCGCCUCUGGAGGCCUCUCGGUCGAGGUGUGGAGGCUCCGGACCUGAUGUGCCAUUGUGAGCCCAUACUUGUGCUGCCCAAGAAGUGAGGCUGGGGGGCUCCCCGCUGCUGAGGGGGAUCUGUCCCCACUUCCAGCGGGCUCCCACCGGGUGCAGAUACCCCUCUGCGCCCCCCAACAUGGAGGAGACGGUCCAGCCCUGGGCCCUCAGUGGGGCUGGGAGCUGCCAUCUGUUCGUGGGUAUUAAAAGGAUUUGACUGGA